CAGGAGAAGAGUGGAAUUGUUUAGGGCAUAUGGACUUAACGUCUCCGUUUAAAUGUAAUACAUAUAAAUCGAAACGAAGUAUUUGAAGACUUGUUGGUUGAUACACUUUAAUGAUGACAUAUCAGGCACGUCAACUCAGUUUGCACAUGGCAUUGGACAGUAAUGAAGUUGCUGAAUAGCGACGCACUUGCAUUGUUUGAGAAAUUUCUGAAGAACGUCAGUAGUAGCCUAUAGUGGAGAAGCAGAAAGGUUUUUUUUUUUACAUUUUAGACGACUACAUUUCUCUCGCCUGCUGACGGAUGCGUGCGUAGGCCUACAAAAAUAUUUAUGGAAUUGAACAGAGAACAUUCGAAUUUCGGAGGAUUACCUUGAUAGACAACCUUCAUCAUGAUGAAUCGGGCUUUCUGGGAUGCGAUAUUUCUCAUUACUGGUUCCCUCUUUACAUAUGGAACAGGCCAGGAUAAUUCCACUAUUGCUACUAAUUCUACAAUGACCACCACACCUCCCGUAACUACCACCACUACCACUGUAAAUGUUACUACCUCUUCUACUACCACCACCAGUAUCACCACUACAACCACCAUUCCAGUGAAAAAGUUUGUUGCAGCAGCUGUUCGAUCCCACUUCGAUGACUGUCCUGACUCCCACAGCCACUUCUGUUUCCAUGGCACCUGUCGUUUCUUGAUUCUGGAGGAGACACCCGCAUGUGUGUGUCACCAAGGCUUCGUAGGGAUGCGAUGUGAGCACGCUGACCUGCUAGCUGUGGUGGCCACCAAUCACAGGCAACAGACAGUUGCCACGGUGCUAGUUCUGUGUGUGAUUGGUUGCGUCUUGACGAUGCUGCUCUGCACCCUUUUACAUUGCUGGUGGAGGCGGGACGGUUUGGGGCGGAGGCACAGACUCCACUGUGCCCCAGAGAAACAAGGCAGUAUGCUGAAGGGCCGAGGGUCCUGCUGUCACUCUGAAAGUGUGGUGUAAGAGAAGAACUCCUGCUUGGAACGCCAGGGAUUUUCAUGAUGGGCUGCCUGCUCUCUUCCUCUGUCUAUUCAAUCCUAAAGACUGCUGGGACAUAUGGAUCAUACCUAAGAUGGGCAUCAGACACCUGGCUAAUAACAUCCUCAUAAGACUGAGAGGGAGUAGAGACCCCCUCUAUCUCUAUUACCAGACCAAGGGAGGCCCAUUUGAUGUGGGUUUCAUGUCGUUUCAGAACCUCCGCACACUUGGAAUACUGUGAUCUCACUACUGUUUUAAUGCAUGGAGGAGAAGGGAUGGGAACUGACCGGUCAGAAAUACCAAAUUCUCCGGGAACAGCUCUCUGGAACUGGACUCCUGAACAGAUACCCUCUAAAGUGUGAGCGCUUAGUGUGACAUCAUCACUGUAAAGAUGAUGAAGUCAAGGACAUGACCAGGAACAUGCUGGACAUAAGAGAAGUACUUUUGACAACUUGGUGUCCUGUGGGGUUUUUGGCACAUGAAAGCAACUAUUUCAGAUCUUCAAUUUUUGAGAAGCUAAACACAAGCUAAAAACACAAUGAACAAUUGUUUCAUCAAAACUUAAAGCGCACAGAGAUUUAGGUGGGGCAAGAACAUUUUAGUUUCUGUUUUAAGCAAGGGAUAUUGACAUACCUCACCUGACAAAAAUGGGAGAUUGCUACUGGGACUCUUUAACCCCACUGUGGAUUAAGGACCAAUGGUGGGACUUGGACAUAGAUAUGGGAGAAAUUAAAUGCAUGCAAAAAAGUAGAUAUAAGAGGACUGUAUAAUCUCCAAAAACAUUGCCAACCUAUAGUCCCUUAGUAACUUAUCUCAUUAUUAUCAUAGUAUCAUUAUUCCUGAUAUGCCUGGAUUUCUAUGAGUGUGCACAUUGCAUUGUACCUCAGAUAUUGUAGUGUUGGUGGUUUCUUUCCAUUCCUGCACAAAACCUGCAUUACAUUUUCCUCUGCCUCAGAGGUUUGAGUGAGUGAUGCACAUACAAACAGACAUUGUGUUCCAGCACUUGUUUUAUGCACAUAUGUUACUGGGAACAUUGUAUGCAUGAGAUUCUUAUUAUGACCUUUUCUAGAUGUACACUUCAUUGUAUAGUAAUGUUUUCUUGUGGUACACGUCAUACCAAGCUUGCGCACGAUUGCAUAGCACACUUCUGCACUUAGGUUUCUGUUACUUCACAUGUGAGAGAUGCCAAAUGCACCUGAAGAUCUUACAUGUCUGAUAGAGCACAGAAAGACUCAGUUCUGGGUAAUAACACUGUAACCGAAUGAUUGAGACUCAGAUAUUUCACGUUAAAAUAUAUGUAAAGGAAAAAACAAUAAUUGCAAAGUUAAACAAACCAUACAGUUAUGCACAGAUCUACUUUGAACAACUUCCACAGAAAAUGUUACAAAAACAUAUUUAAUUGAUGGACAGUGCAGAUGCAAAGUUUGGUAACAGAAGGAUAGUUUGUGCUGUUUGUGCCAUCAUUCUUUUACCAAACGUUGUAUAUGCACUGUUCUUCAAUGUAUUUAUUUGUAUGUCAAAGUAGUCCUUGUGCAUAGCUGUAUGGUUUAACUUUGCAAACAGUUUUUUGUUUGACAUACAUUUAAAGUGAAACCUCUGUCCCAGCAUCACUGUUACCUUGGAAUUGCCCUUCUAUAGGGUGCAUCCAGCCAUGCAUACACAGGACCCUGUUUCUAUUUAUGAAACAUAUUACACAGCACAGUGUUUUGUAUUUAUUGCACACCACAAAUAUGCACAAAACACAGCUUUUAGCUGGAAUGACUUGUUUAUUAACUGGAAAUUGUGCAACACUUUUUAUAGAGCAUCAUUUUUAGAAAGUGUUAAAACCACACUUUACAGAUAUGGUACAAUAGAUGUCUGAAUAAGAAAACAUGGUGGAAGUAGAGUGCUGAAGCAUAUGAAUGGCAAUUAUUGUACAGUUUUGGACAAAAAUGAAUUGCUGAAAAACAAAUACUUGGGGAAAAGAAAGUUGGAUGGAGACCUGCUUUAUAUUUAUUUAUAAAUGUAUAUAUUUAAUUCAGACAUUUUGUCUAUGAUUAUUAUACCAGAAGCCUACCAUUUGGUGGAAAUGGAAAGCAGCCUAAAACCACAUUUUGAAGUAAAUAAUUGUUUGGAGCUUUCAAGUGUAUUAAAAAUGUGCAAGAGAUGGUGAAAGAGAAUUGAAGUAGGAGGGGUAAGCAUGGAAAACACACCUAUGGAACAAUGUCAAGUUGUAAACUUUACAAAUGAAAUAUAAUCCGUGCACUCAUGUUUUAAUUUGAAGAGAAUAAGGAUCAUGGACUACAGUAUUAACUUCAGACUUGACCUUGUCAAUGAUUAACCUCUUGGAUAUUCAUCAACAGUACAACUGUACUGGAUAUUUUUGUUGGAACUAACCAGUUGUAUGAUGAUGUAAUGUCCUUGACUUAUGUUUUUUUUCUUUUUCAAUGAAGACUGAAAUCUGUAAAGGUGGCUGUCUCCCUGCUGUUUUCUGUUGCACAGUAACAUAGCAAGACGUCUACUCGCUAACAGAGGAGAAAGGGUCAAUAAUGAGAAGCUAGUGGAUUGUUGGAACACAGUGUGGACUUACACCCAUCUAUAUGACCCACUUUUUGAUCCUCACUUGACUUUCUCUCUUCCUCCAUACUCUAUCCAUUGCGUGCCGCUACUUUCACCUCUCCUCUUACGGCAGUUGCCUUCUUUAUUCAGAGCUCUGUCCACCCCCCUUCUACUGAAUAUUUUAAAAGGCAGAAUAAAUGAGAAAAAACUCUAAACAAAACCUCAGGCACAAUUGGGGAAUAAAGAGCCUCGGUCCUGAGUGCUUUAUUUUUAGCUGAGGGAAGGGAAGGAAAGGUUUUAUUCUAUUUACUUCCAUGGCUAUUUGUUUGCUUGUUCCUUGUUGAGUGAGAGUAGAUGUCGCUACAAGUAAAAAAUAAACUGUGCCUGUACUUGUUCAGUG